UGGCAACGGUAAGCAGUAUGGCGGCCAACUAUCUUGAUUUGUAAACAAGUUGAGAAAUUCGGCAAAAAAUAACGGGAUUUCGGGCACAUCUGCACAUGGUAAACCGCUAGGUUUUGUCCACAGAUAUUUGACAUCACUACUGAUAGCUAAAUGUAAAUAUGGCGGCCGUAGGGAUGCAGCCAGAUGUCUUGACAAGGUCUCAAACGACACUUACAGUCGAUAAACCAAGAAUUCCUUUGGUUGCCCACAUAAUAACUGAUGAUGACAUUGGCAUGUUACAGGGAUCCAAGCUACAGCCCAUUAAUUUGGGUAGGGUCAUCAAGUUACUCACAGAUCCACAUUCGGCUAUUUUAUAUGACAGACACGUUAAUUCUCUACAGAGGUUAAUCAGACAUUAUCAAAAUGGAUUUCCUAUGAAAGAUUUGGUUCAAGUAUUUAAAUUAUUAAAUGUUUGUGCUGAUCGUGUAGACCAACAACCACUGUAUGAAUCUCCUAUUAUAGAGAUUCUCAACAUCUGUAGUUUACCUUAUCUUAAAGAAAAAACAUCUGAUGAAAUAGUUUAUGAACAGAUUGUUAUCGAGUCUAUUUCUCAACUAGGUUAUUUAAUGAGAGUACCGAGUAACAAUGUGAGGAAAACCAUCUGUCAGACAUUGAUGUCAUUUUAUUCUGAAGAACAAACCAAACAAAAAGUACAAAAACAUAAAGCCAGUACCAAAGCAUACAAUCAGCGUGUGAUAGAAAAUAGUGAUGUCUCUGAAACAUUAAUAAAGUCUCUGGCUUUAAUGGAGAAUGAUGGAGAUGUGAGACUAAUGGUACUAGAUGUUCUACAGAAAUUGUCCAAGGGAUCAGAGAAGACUUGUAAUCAGAUGUUAUUAGCCGACGGUGCUCGGAGAAUCUGUUCACGAUUAAUGGACCCUGGUCCGAGUGGACAUCUGCUGUUCCAAUCUGUAGAAAUAAUGUGGAAUUUAUUAGAGAAUGGAGACAGAGAGAAUUUAGCUGCUCAAUUAAACAACGUUGUUUGUAUCAGUCAGUUACGUGAUGCAUUUGUUUAUCAGCUGACCCAAGGUUACAGUCAUUAUGAUCGACAGUUACGAAAUGAUUUAAUCACCAUAGCAACCCUUGUUGUCACUCGAUGUCCUGAUUCACCUUUUGUAGAAUGUGGCUUUGCUCGACAGUUGGUUUUAUUUGGAACAUUUCAAGAAGUAAAGAGUCACAAUGCAUUGGUUAAACAUCUAAAACUGAUGACGAAUCAGGAAGAUUUUGAGUUAAAGAAACUGUUGAUGAAUAUAUUGGUCAAGAUGGCCACAGACAGCACCAUGAUUCCUUUGAUGUCUGAAGGUCAUUUAUUAUUGGCGCUAUUUUCCUAUGUUAGAAAUAAUGAGAAAAGCGUGACCCCCAGAGAAUGGACGCCAGCACAGUUUGAAGAAUUACAACUACAUGCGUUAAGUUGUUUGACUAGUCUGUGUCCUGUCAUGAUUGAAGAUUAUAUGACCUGUCAGGGAAACACAAGACUACUUCUAUUAUUAGAAUGGUGUGUUGGACCAGAUGAAUUUUCUGGUCAAGGAAAUAGUUUCCAUGGUACUGGUGGUCGUGGUAACAAGAAAUCUCAGAUGAGUCAAUGUUUACGAUUAUUACGUAGUGUGGUGUCUACAGAAGAUGAGUUGGUGUUACAGGAUAUGGCAGAUCAGGGGGCCAUUAAUCAGUUAAUAGGAAUUUUAAAAACAGCAUUUACGUCAUCCCCUCUAGAGAAUCAUAUGUUUAUUGAUAUCGAGAUGCAGACAGAUAUUUUGAUUAUUUUAUCGUCAUUAUGUGAAGGUGACAUACAUCGUAAGGAAUUGUUUGGUCGAUCUGGUGUAGAUAUUGUUAUAAAUUAUUUAAAAACUGAUUCCCGUUUAUUAAACAGUGGAUUGGGUCAUCAUAGAUUAUUAUUAGCGUCUGUUGAUGCGGCUUGGUGUGCUAUUGUUGGUUGUUUUUUAACAGAAGAUUAUUUUCUAGAGAGAAGUGGAGUGUUUUUAUUGUUUGAUUUGUUAGAGUUAGUACCUAAAUCAAUGUAUAACUUAAUACUUGGAUGUUUAUUGGAUCUUUGUGAAAAUCCUAAAACUAUGAACCAUGUUUUAACGUGGAGAGGAAAAGAUAACUCAACAGCAGCUCAUCUAUUAUGUCAUAUCUGGAGAAAUGAAGACCUGGAUGUUGGAGCAUUAAGAGAAUCUACGGGAGCAAUUGCAGGUAUUGGAAUGAAAUGA